CCUCUCACUGUAAACUGACUGUAAACUUCCCGACAAGCCCAUCAGCUGGACUCUGUGUUUCUGCUGCGAGGAGGAGUCGCUGUGUGUGUCUUUAUCACUCACACACACGGACACGCAAUUUUACACAGCACUUGAUGCCAUAAAGGGAGCAUGGCACCGAAGAAACGAGCUGCUCCGGCUGCUGCUGCUGCUGCCAGGGGGAGAGGCAAGAAGCUCAAGAAGGAGCCAGAGAGUCCAAAGCCCAAAGAUGCCUUCACCUCAGCCAAAGAGGCCCUGCUGGCUGCAGGGCCACAGGUGAAGAGUAGCCGCAGGGUGGACGAGCACUGCUCAGUGUCCGGGUCUGCAGAGGUGCACGAGGACUACGACUGCAUGCUGAACCAGACCAACGUUGGACAUAACAAUAACAAGUUUUAUGUCAUUCAAGUUAUUAAAGCAAACAAAAAAUACCAUACGUGGAACAGAUGGGGUCGAGUGGGGGAGGGGGGACAAUCCAAACUGAACACGUUUGACAAGCCUGAGACCGCCAUCAAAGACUUUGAGAAAAAGUUCAAGGACAAGACGAAGAACAACUGGAGCGAUCACACGAAUUUUGUGUCUCACCCUGGGAAGUACACUCUGAUUGAGGUGGAUGGAGAGCAGGACGCGGAGGUGAUGGUGGACAGCGUGGAUGGAAACUCGGUCAGAGUCGCUAAAAACGUUCUCCCCUGCACACUUGACACAGCAACAAAAGACCUAAUCCAGCUCAUCUUCAGUAAUGACAUGUUCAAGGAGGCCAUGGAGUGCAUGAACCUAGACAUCAAGAAAAUGCCUCUUGGAAAGCUCAGUAAGGUGCAGAUCGCAAAGGGCUUUGGUGUGUUGGAGGAGAUCGAGGCGGCCAUGAGCAAAAAAAGGACGCCCGCAGCCCGCCUGGAAGAACUUUCCUCCAAGUUCUUCACCACGAUCCCACACAACUUCGGCCGGAACAGACCACCAACCAUCUCAACCAAAGACGUAGUGGAGCAGAAGAAAGAGAUGCUCAUGGUGCUGGCGGACAUCGAGCUUGCCCAGACUCUGAAGUCAGAGACAGAGAAGGCUCAGGAUGAGAUGAUAGAGACAGUUCCUCACCCUCUCAACCAAGACUACACUUCUCUUAAAUGCAAGCUCGAGUUAAUGGAGAAGGAUACGGAAACUUUCAAGAUCAUAGAAACUUACCUGAAAGCGACUGCAGGUACUUAUGGUGCACCACCAAAAAUUAUCGACGUUUGGGAAGUUGAUCGACAGAUGGAGGGAGAGCACUUCAGUGAAAAUGAUAGCCUAGAGAACCGCCGCCUGCUGUGGCACGGUACAAACAUUGCGGUGGUGGCAGCGAUCCUGAAGAGCGGUCUGAGGAUCAUGCCUCAUUCAGGAGGCCGCGUUGGUCGUGGCAUCUAUUUUGCAUCUGAAAACUGCAAGUCUGCAGGUUACGUGCGCACCUCUAAAAACACUGGUGUGAUGUUUCUGAGCGAGGUAGCCCUCGGCAAAGAGUACACCAUCACCAAAGACGACUGUUCACUGAAGAAGGCUCCUGCAGGUUAUGAUAGUGUGGUGGCUCGAGGAUCAGUGGAGCCAGAUCCCUCCGAGGACGUCUUCAUCACCCUGGAGGGCAAGAAGGUUUCUGUUCCUCAGGGUAAGCCCAUACCUCAGCCCCAGUUCUCAGGAAGCCACUUCAGCAACAGCGAGUAUCUCAUCUACAAAGAGAGUCAGUGUCGCCUUCGGUAUCUGCUGGAGCUGAAGAUGUAGUACCAACAACCUACAACCGGAGGAAAGAGGCAGGUCCUUCGAAAGAGAAUUACUCUUCAACCUUUACAUACAAGGGGCCUGCUGAAAAAACUUGGCUGUGCUGUCUCCUGAUCUAAUAUGGUUAUUGUCUUUACUAUUCAUCAGUAGUCAAUAGUCAUGAGGGUAUUUCUCAACUACUUCCUGUGCCUUAUAUUUUGCACACUGUAAAACUGACACACUUACAGGUUGACAGGCUUGAUCAUAAACUGUAACGCUUCACAUUCUGACAAACUGCAUUUACUUCAUCUUUUACCAUGACAGAGAGGAUGUCUGUUUACCAUUAUUGUAAACAUCUAAAAGUUCUCUAAAUGCUGUUUUGCUUUUGUAUCUCAUUAAGCACCUGAUGUUUUAUCUGUGCAUCUCACUUGAGUUCUUUGAGUAGCUUAACUCUUACAUUUUGUAUUAUUUAAUCAGAGUGGAAAUUUAAAUAUAAACCUGGUUCUCAAAGACAAUAUCUUGGUUAUUUUGAAGGAAUUUGCCACACGCUGUUGCCCUAACACUAAAAGUUUAAAAUUAUAUUAUUAUUUUAUAGAAUAGAUAUAUAAUAAAUAUAUAAUAUUAUAUAUAUAUAAUUUAUAUAUGGUAUCCUAUGCACUGAAAUGUUUACAGCUGGAAUAAUGUUUGUGGAUAACUUAAUUGCACUGCUGGCAAUCUAAGAAUAUGUUAACACUGAUCACUGAAAGUGUUUCUGAAAUGUUAUAUAGUAUAACUUGCAUAAUAGGUCUUCCAGGUACAUGAUGGUUGUACCACAUGUCACCAUGUGGUGUCACUAGUGAGCAACUCCUUUAUGAAUGUAAUUGCCUUAGAAAUGACUUGAACCAAUGAUUAGUUAAUAAACUAAAGUGACCCUGCA